AUGAGGUUUCUCUCCUAUGAAAAUGCUAAGUUGUAUAAUGAGAAAACGAAGUGGUGGCAUGACCAGAAAAUUCAAGCUCGAGUCUUUGAGAAGGGGCAGAAAGUGUUACUCUUUAACUCACAUUUGAAACUGUUUCCUGGCGAAUUGAAGCCCCGCUGCUCAGGCCCAUUCACCGUGGUGAAAGUUUAUCCCUUUGGAGUAGUUGAAGUUCGGGAAGAUCAAUCCGGAAGGGAAUUUAAAGUGAAUGGGAAACGCUUGAAAUAUUACUGGGGAGAUGAGGUCGACCGCGAGAAGACCUCUAUCACUUUGAAGGAUCCUUAA